AUGUAUAAUAGUGUAGCUGGAGUCCGCUUUUCAGUUUCCUGGAGCCGCAGAAGCUGGAGGAGUGACCGCGCUUCAUCCUCCGCCCCACAACCAACUCCUCACCCGCGGAGAGGCGCCCUGUCCAGAGCACCUGGAGGAACCCUCAAGAUGAUCGACCUGAGCCACCUGACAGAGGAGGAGCAAAAGGCCAUCAUGACAGUCCUGUCCAGGGAUGCAGAGCUCAAGAGGGCUGAGGAAGAGCGGAUACGAAAACUGGAGAAUGUCGUGAACAGUGGCUACCAGCAGCCCGACGUCAAUAUGAAGUACUUCACUGGAGAGUGGUUUUAUGAGGCCAAGUCUCGCAGGCACAUGGACAAGAUCCAUGGGUCUGAGAUCAUCAUGGCCUCCAUGAAGCGCAGUACGUCUGCUCUGGAUGGCUCCCCGAGAAUUGAAAGAUCAAAGUCUGCCAGCAGUCUUGACUCAAGCUCGAUGCCUCCCCCAAAACCUGCGAGAACCUGGGACGCACUGCAGCCACAGGACAUCAACCCCAAUGAAAAUGAAGCUCUCCAAAUACGCUCCCCAAGAACUCCACGACACAACCCUUUUAACCGUGCCUCUCUUCUUGUGGUGGAUCCUCCUGAAAACACUGUGGACUUUUCAAACACCACAGAUAAACAAAAUCCAGAAAGUCGUCCUGCUGGCUCUGUCACCUCUGAUUCUUCCUCCGCUGGUUUUCGGCCUGUUCCCAAAAAGAGGACGUUUGUCUCCCGCCGCUCCAGCACCUCGGACAAUGUGGGCCCUCCUCCUGGACUUGUCCCCGCUCCACGACGCAGGCCUCGGAAUGGUUCAAGUGGGAGCUCUAUUCAGUCUAAUGUUAAGCCACAAGACAACUCCGACAUAAAUGUAAAAGCAACCUCGCCAAAACAAGAGGUGAAGUCAUUUCAGACUUUCUCUACAUCGGGUUUGGAGGGAGACACUCCUGCAACACGGAAAAACAGUUCAAAAGAUGAUGUUGAAGAGAGACAAGACAAUCACAAACUAGAGCUGCUGCCUGUAGCCACGGGGAGCAGCAUUCACCCUUCAGACGGCAACGUGAGCAGUGUGGGGUCCGCGAGCAGGCAGGAGUUAAGCUUCACCCGAAGUAGUGUGGCCGCAGAACCACCAGUGUCUUAUGAUUUGAAUUUUAUUGAUAAGGCCGAUCAACAAGUGCCGGCCAUAACCAAACAAGAACUUAGACUCAGCUCUCACGCCUCGAAGCCCAUCGAGAAUGAGGAUGACUCUAUCACCAAAGUGCUGGACUGGUUUAGCCGCAGCAACGACAGCAACGAUUGGCUCAACGACACUGAGGAAACGAGCACAGGAAAUGCAAAAGACAUCAAAAGUGAGCAUGUUCACCGCACUGGAGCCGAUAUCGACACUGCUAAAAGCAUGUUUUCUCUUUGUACUGAUGAAACUGAUCCAAUACAACUGGAUGUGAGCCCCGUCCACUCUCAAAGCAGGAAGCCCAGGUCGAACACAGAGAAGGGUACAGGUCUGCGGAGACACUCGGAGGACACAGAGGCUCUGACCCCUCGCGCUCGAGCCUUUGUGCCCACAGACUACAGGCAUUACUUAGGGAUGACUGACAGCAGCAACAGCCACGCCUCCCCAGUCCCCACUCCACAGGACAAGUGGCCAAAAGAGCUCAAAUCCGGCCAUGAUAGCAGCAGGCGAGGAAGCAAGACACAACAGCGCCCCCUAUCCCCAAACUACAGCAGUUCGGACACCUGCCAAGACAGUGCAUCAGAAUCCAGGUCCAACUCCAGGCUCAGCUCAAACCGGGAAAAUGACAACGAUAGUCCAGUGAGACGUGCACUGAGAAGAGCAGAAGCACGUCCCAAAAAUCUGGCAAGAAGUCUGGAGGACAUCACCGCAUUUUCCAGUCCACGUGCAGAACGGAGACAGGAGUUGUCUGUGGACCAAAGAUCCAGCAGUGAUGGAUCCUCUCUGCCUUCACCAACGUUAUUCAAGGACCCUGAGCACAUGAAGAAGAUGAGCAAAUCUGUCCCAUCAUUUUUACAGAAGGAGUUAAGUGGGAGCGUGAUGACAAUGUACAGCGGAGACUUUGGGAACGUUGAUGUGCAGGGGACCAUUCAUUUCUCAAUUCAUUAUGUGCAGAAGCUCAGAGAGUUUCACAUAUUUGUUGCUCAGUGCAAAGAUUUGGCUCCGGUUGACCCCAAGAGAGGCCGCUCCGAUCCGUAUGUCAAAAGUUACCUGGUCCCAGACAAGGCUAAUUUAGGCAAGAAAAAAACAGCAGUGAAAAAGAAGACUCUUGAUCCAGUAUUCAAUGAAAUCUUGAGAUAUCGAGUUCGCAUGGAGUAUCUUAGAACACAGACUUUAAUCCUUUCUGUGUGGCAUAAUGAUACUUUUGGAAAGAACAGUUUUCUGGGUGAAAUAGAUGUGGACCUCUCCAAGUGGGACUUUGACCACGCCCAGAUGAACUACUUAGCACUAAAGGCCCGGACUUACCCUACUCUCACCCCUCCAAACUGCAGAGGGGAGAUGAGGGUAGCCAUACGCUAUGUUCCACAGAUAAGCCCCAGUGAUGCUUUGGCCAAAGCUGGCUCCAACAGUGGAGAGAUUCACAUUUGGGUUAAAGAGUGCAAGAACCUCCCAAUGGUCCGGGCGACCAUCGACCCUUAUGUGAAGUGCUUUGUCCUGCCAGACACAAGCAAAAAGAGCCGUCAGAAGACCCGCGUUCUGCGUGGUACGUCUGACCCGGUGUUCAACCACACCAUGGUGUAUGACGGCAUCCGGCAGGUGGAUCUCACUGAGGCCUGUGUGGAGCUCACGGUGCUGGACAGAGAUAGACUGGCCACCAACCUGCUGGGCGGCCUCAGGCUCGGAGCAGGCACAGGCAGAAGUUAUGGCUCGCUGGUGGACUGGAUGGACUCCACGCCGUAUGAAGUGGCUCUGUGGGAGCGCAUGCUGGCUUCUCCAAAUGAAUGGAUCGAGGACGUACUUCCAUUGCGCUGGCUCCACUCCACAAAAACUACAUCCAAAUAG